UGCGAGACAGAGCGUGAUCUACGCGGACCAUGGCGUUGCACAGCUCUGUGUUUGUGUGACAGGUUAGCAUCUGAAGAACACCUCCGGACACACGCGGCUUAGGAAUUAGGAUGGGGUCCAGAAUCAAGGAGAAUCCUGAGUCUACCUUUGAGGUGUUUCUGGAGGUGGCCCAUCCAGGCACACACAGCUCUGGGCCGGAGAUGCGGAGACAGUACCCUGAAGACUACCCAGACCAGGAAACUCUUCUGACCGUGCCCAAGUUCUGCUUCCCCUUCAGCAUGGACAGUCUGACCGUUAGCCAGGUCGGACAGAACUUCACAUUCGUGCUUACUGACAUUGAGAGCAAACAGAGAUUCGGCUUCUGUCGCCUCUCCUCAGGAGCCCAAACCUGCUACUGCAUUCUCAGCUACCUGCCCUGGUUUGAAGUCUUCUACAAGUUACUGAAUAUCCUCGCAGAUUACACCAUCAAAGGCCAGGAGAGCAAUUGGCAAGAGUUCCUGGUGUCCCUACAUACGCUCCCCAUCCCAGAGCCGGGGGUCCCUGUUCAUCUCGGUGUGCAUUCCUUCUUCACUGUGCCUGACCCAAGGGAGCUCCCCAGCAUACCUGAGAAUAGAAACCUAACAGAGUACUUUGUAGCAGUAGAUGUCAAUAACAUGCUUCACCUGUACGCUAGUAUGCUUUAUGAACGCCGAAUCCUCAUCUGCUGUAGCAAACUAAGCACUUUAACAGCUUGUGUCCACGGCUCGACGGCCAUGUUGUUUCCAAUGCACUGGCAGCAUGUUUACAUCCCAGUCCUGCCGCCUCAUCUCUUAGACUACUGCUGUGCCCCAAUGCCCUACCUCAUCGGAGUCCACUCCAGCCUGAUGGAGAAAGUGCGAGGGCUGGCUCUGGACGAUGUGGUGGUCCUGAAUGUGGACACUAACACCCUGGAAACCCCCUACGACGACCUCCAAAGCCUGCCCAACGAUGUGGUGUCGUCUUUGAAGAGCCGGUUGAGGAAAGUUUCGACGACGACGGGGGACGGCGUGGCUCGAGCGUUCCUCCGGAGUCAGGCGGCGCUGUUCGGCAGCUACAGAGACGCCCUGCACAUCCAGCCGGAAGAGCUAAUUACAUUUAACGAGGAAACCUUCGUGAGCCAUCGCUCCAGCGCCAUGAGACAGUUCCUGCAGAAUGCCAUCCAGCUGCAGCUCUUCAAACAGUUUAUAGACGGCCGGUUGGACCUGCUGAACUCAGGAGAAGGUUUCAGUGACAUCUUUGAAGAGGAAAUCAGCCUGGGUGAAUAUGCAGGCAGUGACAAGACCUACCACCAGUGGCUGUUCACUGUGAAGAAAGGAGGCGGGGCUAUCUUCAACACAGUGAAGACGAAGGCCAACCCGGCCAUGAAGACGGUCUAUAAGUUUGCCAAGGACCAUGCCAAGAUGCGGAUAAAGGAGGUGAAGAGCAGGCUGAAGCAGAAGGAGACGGCAGAGAACGGCUUCUCCACCGUGGGGUCGGCGGUGAUCGACGACGACGACAGCCCGGCAGUCAGGAGGGAGGGGCCUGUGACAUCACUGGACGACCAGAGGCCAAUCACCGUGCUUUUUGGACAGGCUCGGCCACCGAUGAUGUUGAAGAGGCCGAGCAGCAACGUGAGUCUGGAGGGCGGCGUGGACCACGCUCUCCGUCCCACCCGUCACUACACAGUCUUUCUCUCCGAGGAUUCGUCCGGAGACGAGCUCCAGUACGACGACGACUCCAUCUCUGGCUUUCCUGACAGCUUUCUCUUCUCCGUCCCUUUCGAGUGGUCGCCUCUGCCCCAGCCGUACCGCUCCCUGAAGGAGGUGGAAUUGUUAGAAGGGGCGGAGAGUCACACUGCCCCCCCCAGCCCGGUCAAUGAGAAGUUCUCCAACGUCACCCUGCUGGGCGACAUCUUCGGCUGCCAGGACGAGCCCGACAGUCAACACAUCACCUUAGCCAAGAGUCUGGAGGACCUGAGGACUCCCAAAGACUCUGAGGAGCUCCAGCAGGCCAAGUUCAACUACCAGCGGAUGGACCUGAGCGUGGGCGAACACUCACGAACGCUCCCGGGUCUCAAGCUCUCCAACCCGUACAACAAGCUGUGGAGCGUGGAGCAGGAGGUCUGCGGGCCCCCACCCCCCUGCGACAGACCUCCUUCCGUCCAACUCCCCGCGCAGAUGGACGUCCACUCCCUGAGCCCGAGCCCGUGCCCCGACACCCUGGACCCUUCCACCCCCGGGAACAUCACCAUCCCGCGUCCUCAAGGGAGGAAGACGCCGGAGCUGGGCGGCGUGCUGGCCCCCCCCGCGGCCCAGGUGCGCUCCUCCAAACCGGCUGACGGUGGGGACGGGGGGACGACAUCGGGGGGGCAGGAGUUCAGGCAGGCCCUGAGCAUGAGCACCGACGGAGACCUGCUGAAGUCCUCUGUGGACAGCAUAGAUCUGAUGAGCCUUCUGGACCCCCUCAGCAGCUCAGCGCCCAGCCCCCCCUCCUCACUGCGGGACGGUGUGUCCUCUUCUUCCAGCAAACCAACACUACCACCCAGGUCUUACCCUCAGGGCUUGCCUCCUUUCCCGAUGCAUCCUCACAUGUCCCUCAACCCUUUCGCCCACUCCCUGCAGAACACACAAGUACGUUACCCCCCCACUGUAGGCGGGAAUCCUUUCAGUGCAGCCUACGGGCCCCCGGCAGGCUCCUACUUACACUCUCAGCCUCAGUCCUUUUCUACACUGCCAGGACUCUACAGACAGCAUUCACCCGGGACUUCAACCCUGCCCCCCAGCUAUGGACUGCAGCAGUCAGCCUUCCCCUCCUCCCGGCCCCACUACUCUGCCAGCAAUCACGCUCUGUCCAGUCUAGCCGACUCGCCUGUUCCCAGUACAGCCAUGAACUUACUGGAGAAGCCGCUCUGUGCUGAGGCGGACAGCCAGAAGACUCAGGAUCUGUUCGGGGAGCUGCUGACUAUGGCCAAGCCAGAUAAACCCCCCAAAAAGAAGGUGGAGGAUCUUCGGAGGAGGUGGGAAACGUUUGACUGAAGCCUGUGAAGAGUCACUACUGACUCCAGACCUUCUCUUGCUUUCAGCUCUGACACACACAACACUUACUCUGGUUUCUAAACACUAGCGUUAUCUCCUCGCAUCAUUUUGUUGGCUUUAUUCAAACUAGAUGAAAUGGCUCAUUAUUUAACCACUUCCUGUUCGCUUGGUUGGAUGCCCAAAAUAAGGCCUGUGGUUAACACUAGCUGAAGAGAUUUUCCCCGCCUGGUUCUUCGACAUUAAAUACGUCACAAAAUACCCCACUCGUGAAUGUCAGACGCCUCCAUGUGGCGUAAACAUAAUAUAAACAUGGUUGCCAACAAGUGACUACAUGAGAGGACUUCAUGUCAUCAUGCAGGACGUUAGCCGCCUUUAGCUUAGCGGUGGUCAUGCUAAACCUAACGGUAUUUCUUUACUCCCGUAGACUGCGUUUAAGCUUCAAAAAUAAUAAAAGUAGUUAAAUAUGUGGAAAAAUCCUUCCAAACAUCACAUGUGUGUUUGCCACAGAGCUUAUUUUAUGCAAUAUUUCCAAAAUCCAAUGGAAAAGUCCCAUUGCUUUUUGAGGAGGCAAACGGGGAGGUGCUACCUUCAGGGUCUGCCUACAAAAAUCCGUCAUCACGGCUUCACUGCAUUAACACCAUGAACCACAAAUCAAGACUGAAAUACAAACAUUCACGCAUAUUUAUUUACGACUCUGUUCUAGGCUCUUUUUGUGUGUCAAACUAUCACAUGUACUGCGACAGAAGGUCCUGAUUCAGUAUGUAAGACCCCUACACACACACACACACACACACACACACACACACACACACACACACACACACACACACACACACACACACACCUGCCCUCACCACAAUCACUUUCAUUUUUCCGCCACUCUGCCGAGGAAAUCCCCCUCAAAGCCUGCCAUGCUUCUAGAUGUUCAGAUGCCAACAGUUGUCAUAACACUCUAACGCCUCCAUAUUAGCAAAGUGUAAAUCAGCAUAGGUAUGAGAUUUUAAAAAUUAGCACGCUGUGUUUCCUGAACGAGGAUAUAUGUCUCAAAAACAUCUCCAUCUUCUACGAUUAGCUCGUGUUGCUAUGGACAUUGUAGUGGCAUUCUGGUACCGUAGCUACAGCAAAGUGUGGUGCAUCUCAGUCAUGCAGUCAGUUCACUUGUUGAUGUUUUUUAAAGCUUCAUGCACUGUUUCUGUUCAGUUUUCUGGCCUUCAUGAGGAACCCCAUCUUGGCUUGUGUCACUGAGCUGUGGAAAUGUGUUGCCUCCUACUGUUUUUUUAAAAGAAUCCUAAAAAGAAAGCCAACAAUAGACUGUAGAGUCCCUAAAAUGAUUUGAACUUUUCUGUCUAAUUAAAUAUAUAUGGACUUUGAAACCCUGUUUGUAAAUUAUUUGGACUAACUCUGCUUUAUAUAUAUGCACUUUCUUGUGUUGCUUAUUACCUCAGUCAAGUAUUACUUUGUGUUUGAAGACAGUAAAUGAGAAACUGACUCAUGCAUUGUAAAAAAAAGGUUCUCACUCGUGUCUCCAGUGUCAUUUCAGCUGGUUGGUAUAAUGAGUACACUUAAUGUGGAAAUGUCUGAAAUGAUUCCUGAUUAUUUCUACCUGUACACCUCUGUUCUUAACGAGUAAUAUCUGAAGUGUUUUACACAGGACGUCAUGGAGAGAUAAUGAGCUUGUGGUUCUCAGAGGGUAAAACUGACCGACGUUUUUCAUCACCACCCCCAUCACAGCCAUACAGUCCACUUGUAGAAAAUGAGUAUUAAAUUUAUCCAAACAUA